UUAUCUUUUAAACAGAGAAAAUUUGGUUCGUCACCUUCAGUCUGUCUGGGAGCUCCAGCCGCCUUCAGUUGUUCUCUUCACUCACCGAGCCUGCGAUCCUUACUCUGACACCAUGAAGACCUUUGUUGUUUUUGCUACUCUCCUCUGUCUGUCGGCAGCACAACAGACAAAUUUGCAGGAUCUGCUGGAAAGAAUUCGCGAACGCCUGAAUCAAGGAAACGCUGCAACCACCACCACCAUCACCCCCAGCGGACAAGUCAUCGACACCAUCCACAACUGGAGACUGGAGGAUCAUCAGACAUCCAAUUCUCACAUUCUGCUGUUCAUCAGCGACACCCCCGACACCCGCAAGUGCUACGUCAUCGAGGUGUCCAGGACGUGGACCAACCUCCUGCACACCGAAGACAACGUCUACAGAAUCAGCGAGGAGAUCUAUGCGCUCGUGAACGACCCCAACCACCGUGAGCAUCUGCUUCGUACUAACGAGUUGAUUCAAGAGUACAGGGACUUCACAGGGGCUCAGGAAUGCCAGGGCCACCUCACCUACGAGAUUCGCUACACGCCAUCUUUCCUGUCAGCUCCCUAGACGUCGGACUGAGGGUCAGGUCCUAUGGGCUACCAAAGGUUGCACACUAACAACAAGAGAACAAGAAACAACCAAUGCUCCGACAUCAAAGUGGCUACAAAUAAAGGGUCAAACUGUACAUGGUUACACAA